AUGCUGCUUCUGCUGCUGCUGCUGCUUGCCGCACCUGCAACGGCGCUGUACACAGCGGAUGAUGAUAUACUGCUGCUUGAAGACGGCAAGGAUUCCCUCAACAAGGCGCUGCUCUCGUCGCACGGCGCCGGCCUGCCCCCGAUCGACAAGCUGCAGGAGCCGCUGGCGCGCAGCGCCCCUUCGGGGCACCGCCCCGCCGCUGGUUCCGCAGCCGGGGCCUCCUAUGUGGAGUUUUUCACACCCUCAUGCCCCCACUGCGCGGCGCUGGCCCCCGAGGUCAAGAAGGUGGCCUCAAACCUUAAGGGCAUCGCGACCGUCGCGGCGGUGGACUGCAGCCAGCCAGCGGGCCGGAAGCUCUGCGACUCGUUUGGCGUCCGUGGGUACCCCACACUCAAACUAUUCGCGCCUGACCUGAAGCCCAACCCAUACACAGGAGAGGGCAUGAAGGACAUGCAGGAUUACAAAGGCGAGUCCGGCGCGCGCGCCAUCGCCGCGGCGGUGACCGCCCUCCUCCACGACCGGCGCAUAUCGCAUGUCGCGUCUGCCGCAGAGCUGGCGGCGUUCGCGCCUGCCCUGUCUAGCAAGGCCCCCGCCAGCGGCCCCGCCGACGGCAUGGCGGCCGAUGGAGCACUGGCCAAUGGGCCAGCGAGCGACGCGUCCUUGGCGCGUGUCCUGCUGUUCACGGAUAAGGAGAAGACAACAGUCCUCUACAAGGCGCUGUCAAUUGCCUACGCGGGGCGCCUGCGGUUCGGUCAGGCGCUCAAGGGCGAGGGCGGCGCGGGCGCGGCGGCGGAGCGGCUGGGGGUGCAGGAGUACCCGACUCUGGUGGUGAUCAAGCCCGACGGCGCGCAUGACACCUACACUGGCCCCUUGAAGGCCCUCCCCCUGCGCGCCUAUCUCGACACCUUUGCUGCGGACAAGCCGGUCCCCGACGAUGACGACGCGGGCGCCAUCUCCUCUCGCGCCAAUGGCUCCAAGUCCAAACAGGAAGAGGUUUUUGAGAAGAUCUUUGCUGUGCCUGUGGAGCGGCUCUCGUCGGCAAACCUGACAGCGCUCGACGAAGACGAGGCAAUGUGGCUGCUGGCCGUGCACGCGGGCGGCAAGGAGGAUGGUGCGUGCCGGGAGCCCAUUGCCGCCUUCGACGCCGCCGCCAAGGCCGCGCAGUCCGUGGUGCAAUACGCAACCUUGGACGCGCUCGGCGCGUCCGAGGCAGACCGCCGCGCGCUGUCGGCGAUGGGGGUCGACCUGAAGGCGCUCGAGGCAACGCCCUGCGAGCUGCAGGUUGUGCUGCUGCCACACGGCAAGGGUAAGGCUGACCUGGACGAGUACAAGAGGUGGGAGGGCGGGCUAGGUGACGCCAAGGCGCUGCAGGGCUGGCUGCUGGAGGACGUCCCGGACUCCACCAUCAUCCUGACCAGCGAGCAGGAGAUGCAGAUGUUCAUACAGUCGCCGUCCCCCAAGAGCGACGGCAAGGCGUACGGCAAGGUGCUGCUCUUCGCGUCUAAAGGGGAGGUCCCGGGCAUUUACAAGGCCCUCGCCCUCAACACGGCGAGGGCCGGCCUGCGCUUCACGUUCGGGUGGAUCCCGCCGGGCGAGAGCACGGCCGAGUUCUCGGCAAAGACUCGCAAGAUGCUGCGGCUACCGAGGGUCCCAGGCCUGGCGGCCGCAGUGCCCUACCUGGGGCCCAACGCCCCCAAGGGGCCCCCCGGCACCACCCCCCUCGGCUUUGAGCCCUUUGUGGGGUCCCUCAAGUACCAGCUCAUGGCCGCCUGGCUCAAGAGCCUGGCCGUGAUGUCGGGCCUCUCUGAUGCAUCCCCCGGAGCGGCGGCCGCCACCUCCACCGCCGCCGGCGGCGCGGCCGUGGCCGUGGUGACCACUCAGCAGCAGCUGCAGGACGCGUGCUACGGCCGGGGCGCGCUGUGCGUGCUGGGCCUACUGGACGGCGCCAGCAAGGAUCGGGAGGACCAAGAAAAGGCAUUCGAGCAGGCUGUGGCGCAAGCGGCGGCGUCGCAGGCGCCCGGCGUCGUGACCUUUGUCCGCCUGGACGGGUCCAGUCAGCGCGCCCUCCGCGAGGCCCUGGCCCUGCGGCGCGACGAGCUGCCCGCGCUCGCGGUGCUCAGCGCCAAGCGGCUGCGCUUCGCGCUCGCGCCGCCCGGGGCCGGGUUCGGGGCUGAGGCGGCGAAGGCGCUGCUGGAGGGGGUGCUUUCGGGGAAGCUGCCCACUCAGCCGCUGCAGGAGCUGCCCCGAUUCGUGGACGGCGGCGACGCGGACGCCGGCGCGGACGACGAGGGUUCCCAGGACGAGGUUGCGGAGGACGAGUUUGAUCUGAGCGAGAUCAUGGCCGAGGAGGUUGACCUGCGGCUUGAGACCAAGGAGGAGCAGCUGCGCAAGGUUGAGGAGGAGCUCAAGGCAGAGGCUGCGGCCAAGGCGGCGGCCGAGGCGGCCGCGAAAGCCAAGGCUGCCAGCAGCAAGAAGAAGAAGAAGUCCAAGAAGAAGAAAAAGCAGGCCGUGUCAAAGGGCGACGGCGGGCAGAAGGACGAGCUGUGA